AUGGACGCGAUCGCCUUUGUGUGCAGCGUCGCCGAUGCGCGCUUGGAGCCGCGGCUCAUGGCCACCGCUACCGAGUGCGGCAGCCGCGUGCUCGUCCAGGACCUCGCGCACCAAGGCUGCGAUGCCAUCGACGCCCUCGACAGCCACCGCAAGCAGCAAUGCCACUUGGCCAUUCUUUUCUUUCUCUCCCUACACCGACACAGCAUCGCUCUCGUGUGA